AUUAAGCAUCAGUGUGCCUUAUAUCCUCCGGAAGUAAUUUCAUGAACACAUCCUGGUCCGUUCAAGAGGAGAUGGAGCUCUUCCAGUAACACUUGCAGCAUCCAGAGAAGGCCAAUCUGUAGUGUAAAGGCCUAGAAGGCUCGAGCAACAGGGAAACUGAACUCGUAGUGGAAGGAAGCAAAAGCAAUAUGGUGGGUUAUCGCCGCAUGGGGAACACGGAGCAGAACUUGGGAAAUGUAACCUCAACCUCAGCAAUCUUGUUGCAUCAACUGAGUGACAUGUGGAAGAGCCCUAGGGGAACCGUGGUCCGGAUCGAGGCAUUGGCAUUGCUGGCCAUUGCCCUCUCCUUCUUCCUUGCUGCCUUUGGCUCCUUUCGUCGCAGGUCCGGUCACUGGUUCAUCCAAAAGGGCAUCCUGGCUGCAAAUGUGUUAUCUCUGUCCCUGGGGACGUACAGCAUUGGACUAAUGCAGUCUUCAUCAGUGAAGAGCGAGGUGUACCCCUUCUGGGCUGUCUCCAUGCUCACCCUCUUUUGCUGCAUUGACCCAGUUACAGCCUAUGGCCUUGAGUACAAGAGCCAGCUCUGGAAGAUGCUCUAUCAGCUUUUCCUCUACUGUGGGUAUGUGCUGCUGGUUAGUAUCUUGACCAUCUCCAGUGACAUUGGUUACAUAGCCAUCGGCAUGCUGUCUGCCAUCACCUUCAUCAAGGGCUUUCAUAGGUCCCUAGCGCUUAUGAUGCCAAGCAUUGAGCGGGAUAUGAUCCAAAUGAUUGCACAGGUUAUGGCAGCAGAAGUUCUAGGUCACUCAACAAGAGCUGAUGAUUUGAAUCAACUAAGUUGUCCAGAUGACCUUAUCGGGUACAACUAUGUUGUCCACUGGCCCCUUGACAAAAGCAAGGCAAAAUUCCUGCCAGCAACGACGACAUCAUCGCCUGUUGACGUCGUCACAAUAGACAAGAUAUUGCAAUGCAAUGAGGUCCAUUUCUUGAGUGAUGUGUGCCUGUCCUUCUCCCUAUCUCAUUUGUUGCAGCGCCGUUUCUAUCGGUUGAGCUGUUUAGAAACAAAGCAUUUGGUUGCCCGCAAGUUCGUCUUGGAAGGGCUUCUGCUGAGCAGGGAUGGGGCUAUCGAUUAUAAGAGGGCGUUUAAGGUGAUCGAGGUCGAGUUGGCUUUCCUUUAUGAUACAUUUUUCACCGGCAAUGCAUUCCUUCACUAUUAUCAAUCAAAAGGCACGACUAUUUGGGGAUUAGCUUCAAUCACAGGGAUAUGUUUUGUUGGGGUAGCAGCUGUCAUAUCUGGGAAGACGAGGAGUACCCAAACACCUACUCCUGGUGGCACCAUCCUUGUGGACACCACCACAAUAGACCUUAUCAUUACACUAGUAAUCUUUGUGUCUCUAGCUUUGCUGCAAUUUUGGCAUUUGAUACGCUGUUGGUCAUCAAAUUGGGCCAGGGUUGCAUUUGCCUGUGACUACAUAAAAAAUGGUAAGCAGCUAAGCCAUCUGAUGAGGUUAAGGCGCUGGGUUUUACAAAGGAUUGACUGUGACAAGAGUCACCUUUGGCAAAAUAAGCUUGGGCAAUAUUCAUUGAUCGAAUCCAUCACCGCGACAGAGCACAACAAGUUACUCAGCAUGCUCGGGGGUUGUCUUCACCAAAUGUGUUCCCGGUUUCUAGGGAUUCUUGGAUUGCAGUACAUUGAACAAGCUUUCCGGGAGAUGUUGGGUGUGAAGACAGGGGAUGCCAUUGAGCUGCAUGCUGAUGUGAAGGAGGCCAUUGUUGAUUUCAUUAUAAGCAGGAAAUGCAACCUACAGAAUUGGCCAUCGUCAUUGGAUAGAAUUGGAUGUCCUGUCGAUCGUUUUCUUUUUUUUCCUGACCAUGUUGUCACUAUUAUGAGGGGGCAUAUUGCGACGUGUUACUGUGAACUAGUGAUGCGCAAGGAAAAAGGAUUCUCUGUUCAAGACGAGGGUGCUGAGGAGAUUGUAAAGAAGAAUCAUGGUGUGGCCACGGCUCUGUCCAAAUAUUGUGCAUACCUGAUGGUUUCCGCGCCACGGCUACUCCACAGAGAUCACCUGGGAACUGAAUCUGUGUACAACGAAGUUGCACAGGCGGCAAGGAUGAUAUCUCUGCAUGGGGUGAACGACAAGUUGGAGGCAAUGAGAAGGCUGGGGGAAGAUGACGACGACAAAUCAGGUUGGGGACCCAGAAUCUUCCUGCAGGGUGUGGCGUUUGGGAAGUGCCUGGAAACAAUGCCUAAGCGUUGGGAGGUGCUAGCAGAAUUCUGGGUUGGCGCGUUGCUGUAUGCGGCGCCAUCCGACAAUGCGGAGGAUCACAUAGAGUGCCUCGCGCAGGGCGGCGAGUUCAUCACCCACCUGUGGGCUUUAUUCUCUCACGCCGGCAUACUAAACUGGAGAGGUGGAUCAACAGAUUAUAAUGAACCACCAGAAUUAUCUGGAUCAGCAGAUGAUAGUGAAUCAACAGAGGAAUUAGAUGGAUCAGCAGCUGAUGCUGAUUCAGCGGAGGAAUAGAGGAUGGAGGUGUCUCCUCUGAAGAGUAGGUGGCCGUGAAGUUGCUGACGACUGCUAUAUAUGUUCGUGUAACAGUACACUGUGAAUGAGAAAGAUUGGGGACUAGCUUAUCAAUGCUUUGUUUCUUUGCUUGUUUGAAAGA